CAAUCUCUAAUCUCAUGCCCUAUUAUUAUUAUACCAAUACCACUCCUUGCCUUUUUUUCCCCUCUCUGUCACACAUUCAUCAACUCCCUAUGAAAAACCCAUCUCACACUCUUCCUCUUCCACUCUAAAAAAACAAACCCUUCCCAGCUGCUUCUCUUCUUCACUACAUAAACACACACCCUACUCUCCAGCCCAGCCACAACUUUCUUCCAUAACGCUUUGUCUCCGCUUUUGCGUACUUCUAGGUUUUCUGAUCCAACACAUCAAAAACCCUUUCUGGUUUGCUUCCUUGCAUUGCCAUGGACCUCAUGAACCUCAGUCGCCAUUUUGAUCAGCUCAGCGGUGCUCACCUCCACGACAACCAACUCCCGCCCGGGUUUCGCUUCCACCCUUCCGACGAGGAGCUCAUAAGCUACUACCUCCUCAAGAAGGUCAUGGACUCCAAUUUCACCUGUCGCGCCAUUGCCGAAGUUGACCUCAACAAGUGCGAGCCAUGGCAGCUCCCUGAGAAAGCAAAGAUGGGGGAGAAAGAGUGGUACUUCUUCAGCCUCCGUGAUCGGAAAUAUCCCACCGGGCUUCGCACCAACCGUGCCACUGAAGCCGGAUACUGGAAAGCCACCGGAAAAGACCGAGAGAUUUACAGCUCCAAGACCUGUUCCCUUCUAGGGAUGAAGAAGACUUUGGUUUUUUACCGUGGUCGAGCUCCCAAGGGUGUGAAGAGUAACUGGGUGAUGCACGAGUACCGCCUUGAAGGUCGAUUUGCGUACAAUUACCUCCCCAGGAACUCCCAGGAAGAGUGGGUCAUUUCGAGGCUCUUCCAGAAGGCCAAGAAGAGCAAUGGACCCGAAUCCAAGAAGGCCCGAAUCAUUGGGUCCGGCGGGUACCCAGCAGAACCCAGCUCACCUUCUUCCUCCUCGGUCUCACUGCCACCACUUUUCGACUCCUCCCCUUACUACCCAACCGGCCCCUUCACCAACGGCAAUGCUUCCCUCACUGACCGUGACAGCUGCUCCCAAGACAACCGUACCCCAAGGGAGCACGUGUCCUGUUUCUCCACCAGCAGCGUUGACCCUGCCAACACCGGCACCUUCAACCAUCUCAUGACUUCCCUGGACCUCGCUCCGCCGCCGCAGACUUCGCUUCACUUGUCCGGCGGCUUCGGCGGCCUCUCGGACUUUCCGAGCCUCAGGUCUCUUCAGGAGAAUCUCCAGGUGCCCUUCUUCUUCCCCCAGGGAAUGCAGCCUCAUCAGCCCUACUCCGGCACCGCUGGUUCCUUCGACCUCGGCGACUGGAGUGCACUCGGAAACUGGCGUGCAGCCGCUGCCGAAGAGCCCCGGGCUCCUGUUCCCGCCGAGGCCGAUUGCAUGUGGUCAUACUAAAAGAAGGGUGGUCCGAGUUGUCGUUGAAAACUAAGACCGCCGUCUGUGGUGGCCUCUGGUAUAACUAUCAGGUUUCGGUAUUUAGUUUCCAAUAUAUCCAUAACCUAAAG